AUGCAUACACUUUCGAUAUCUCCUGAGGACACGAAUGUCAAAGCCCAUGUUUUGCCAAAAUCACUCAAAGUCAGCAAUCUGAAAAGCAGCGAGCCCCAACCUGUUUCUGCAUCGACCAACUACCUGUCUCUUGCGCCGCGUAGUACGCCUAUAGAUGGAAGACAUUUUGAGAAUGAUGGCCCCGGCCAUCUUGCUAAUGCUGGGGCUAGGCAUGACAACGAUUUUGUCAGAAUUAGGAACAUACACAUCCUUCCGACUGCGGAUGAAAUAUUGUCCCAGCGCGGCCCAUAUAUGCCGUUUAAACCGUUUAACCAACCCCAUUUUCUUCCCCGAGGGCCAGAGCGCCUAAUUGAUACGUUGUUUCGCCACCUAAGAUACGAAAAUGUGGAGGGACUAAAGGAUUGUGUCUAUGUCGCAGCGCAAAAGUUACUGACAAUUAGCAGUCACGGUUCUGAUUAUGAACCAUGUGAGGAUACUCCAAACGGUAACCGAUGCUACUUGUUCUGGGAAGCUGAGUUCGAAGAGCUUCUUUUCCAUGACCGCCAAGGGCUCAUGGUCCGCAUUAGUUACCUAUGCCCGAAAAAGCUACGUGGACGAAAAAUAUUUAAUUCCGGAAGGUUCGAAAACGGGAUGGUUGUGGCUCUAGUUGGGCUUGAUAACGAGGGAAAUGAAUUAUCUGUGGUUUUUUUCGAGGCUUACUUGAGUCAAAGCACCGAUUCUAUGGUUUCGCGCGGUGGAAAGGGUGUCAGAGCCGCCGUUCAGCUACGUUUUGCUCAGCCAGAAAAUAUCGAUGACUUACGGCGAACUGUGCGUUACUCUCAAGGGCUUGCUAGUGGUCGCUUCGUUCUUGUCGACUUUCCAAGGCGACUACUAAAUGGUUUCUACCCAGUUCUAAACCGGCUUCAACAGUUACAAAGGUCAGAUUUAGCGUUCACUCGGUACUAUGCUCCGAGAAGAGAAUCAGAGGAAAAUGUUGGCCUUCUACCUCCGUCGUAUUCAAUACUUGAAGGAGCGGUGAUAGAUUUUAAAAAUCCAAGCCAGGACGCAAUCUGCCGGGGAAAGCCACUACGAGACCUUAUUGCAGAUAAAAGUGAAUUUCUCCAAUUUCUCAAGGAAGGUACUGGGCUCGACGAAGGCCAGGCUAUCGCAUUUGUGGAAGCCAUGAAUAGGGAACUUGCAUUGGUUCAAGGCCCUCCAGGUACUGGAAAAACCUAUUUGGGUUCUACUCUUGUACAAGCGAUACUCUCCGCAGUGGGCUCCUCUCAAACACCUAUCUUGGUUGUCUGUUUAACGAAUCACGCUCUUGAUGCUUUUCUGAAAGAGCUCCUUGAGAAAGGUGUAAGGAAGAUAGCUCGAAUUGGGGGUGGAAGCAGGGAAGAUUGGACGAAAAAGUACAAUUUGAAAUCUCUUGUAUCUUCAACCAAACUUAGGCAAAUUGAGAGACAUACUAGGGCGAAGGAGUACGGAGCAGCCAAAGACCUUGCCAUUGACGGAUCAGACAUCUGCGAAGCUACCAAUGCCCCAAACAAAUUAGGAUGGUACACAGUAUCCAAACAUCUACGUGACAACUACAAGGAUGUAUACCGCCAGUUCAUGCUUGCAGCGAGGACUGAUGACCCACUGCAAAGCAUGGGUAUACAUAAGAGAAUAGGCGGAUUCCCGUAUGCGCUUUGGAGUUCCGGGGGAGACCUGGAGGUCUUGGCUGAAAGCGUGAGCGGAGAUUUUGCCAUGUUCCUAGGGAGAAACAGCAUUGAAGGAAACGAUCGGCAGAUCGACCUUGGAAUAUUCUACCAUGUAUUGCGGGAUGUAUUAUCCCAAAUGCGACAGAACAGUUGCGAUGCCAUGGAAAAUAUUUGGAUGCUUUCACAUCGAGAGAGGUGCGAACUAAUGGCAAAAUGGGCUUCUGAGAUUGAUCAUGAGGCGACUGCAAAGGAUAUUGUCAACAUUCAUCUCCAACACCAAGCCGCAGUGUCUCGGCUGCGGCUUGUUCGUGAGGAAAUUGAGGCGCGCUGUCUUUCUAUGCAGGAAGUUGUGGGAUUGACCACCACGGCAUGCGCUUCCAAAUGGUCCCUUCUACAACGCUUGAGAUUACGAGUUGUCAUUUGCGAGGAAGCUGGGGAAGUUAUGGAAGCACAUAGUCUUUGCACCUUGCUACCUUCUGUAGAGCAUGCUAUUUUCAUUGGCGACCCGCUUCAACUUCGGCCUCAACUCGUAGAACAAUCUCUGUCCUUAGAAACAAAAACUGGGUCCCUGUAUCGACUGGACGAAUCUCUUUUUGAGAGGCUGACGAAUAGCAAGUCUGGGAUUAAGACGCUACCACAUUCGAUUCUAAGUGUCCAGCGCAGAAUGCAUCCAGAUAUAUCACAGAUUGCUAAAAGCACACUCUAUCCACGGCUACUGGAUCACCCCUCGACCAAGCUACACUCUGCUGUUGGCGGGCUGAGAGAUAGAACCUAUUGGUUCGAUCAUAGGAUUCCCGAGGACCAGUGUUUUGGAUUUUCUAGCGCAACAAAAUCGUUUUCAAAUAGAUUUGAAGUUGAAAUGGUUUCAGGAUUGGUUCAAUAUUUGGUCCAGAGCAAUGUAUAUGGGCUAGGUGACAUAGCAGUUCUAACACCGUACAGCGGCCAGCUAGCGCAAUUAAUCCAAAGUUUGCAUCGUUCAUGUAGCCUGUGGCUCAGUGAAAGUGAUAAGGAAGCUCUUCUCGAGGGUUUCCUCACGGAUAAGGAACUGGAAUCGCCAGGGCCGGUGGACUUGGAUAUGGCCGGAAUGUUGCGCAUAUCAACCAUUGAUAACUUCCAAGGCGAGGAGGCUAAAGUGGUUAUUUUGACUACGGUGAGGAGCAACCCUGAAUGCCGUCCUGGGUUUUUGAAAACGAUAAAUCGGAUCAACGUGGCAUGCAGUAGAGCCCGUGAUGGAUUCUAUAUUUUUGGAAACUCGCAAUCGCUACAGAUCGUUCCCAUGUGGAAUGAUAUUAUACAACUAUUCCGCUCUCAAAAUAGACUUGGGAUGACUCUUAAAAUACGGUCAUGUUCUCAAAAUCUGAGCCAUGAUCCUGGUUACUUUCCCGUUCAGCAACCAGAAGAUUUCGCCAAAAUCCCUCCUUGCCAGGCGCGAUGCAACCAACUUCUCCCCUGUGGACACAUUUGUACUCAAAGCUGCCACCCGCUCGAGCUCCAUGCGUCUUCUAUUAUGAAAUGUGAAGCAAAAUGCAAUAAAGUCCAUGAAACAUGCAAACACCCAUGCACGAAGGCGUGCUGGGAACCCUGUGGAUCUUGCAUUGCCUCAUCAAGCAAAAGGAGUCUUCGUUGCCGACAUGAUAUAAUGAUUCCCUGUGCAGAACAGAAGUCCAACAUUCCUCCAUUAUGCCAAAUUGUUGUUGAAGAGUUAACACUACGCUGUGGACACAAGUUUUUGGUUAUCUGUGGUUUUAGAGACCAGGAGCCUUUAUGCUCAGAGGCUUGCGAUUUCAUUCUCGACUGUGGUCAUCGGUGUGUAGGGGUAUGUGAAACUUGCCACAAAACAGGGCAUGCUCCAUGUGCUCAAAAAUGUGGCAAGAAGCUAGGGUGCCAUCACAACUGUGAUGCGGGGUGCCAUGAGAAUGAAUCAUGUCCCCCUUGCCAGCAACCAUGUCAGGAGCGAUGCUCCCAUGGCAGGUGUAGAGGUAAAUGCAACGAGCCAUGUCAGCCAUGUCUUCGAGUAACGAACACCAGCGAAUGUUGUAGCAAUAAUGGCCUUUAUAUAUGUGCACUCGAUGUCAUAAUCAACAGGAACCCGCAGAAACUUACAAGCACUGUUGAUUGCCUCAUCAUGAAUGUUGGGAGAAAGUACCACAUGUUGGGGAAACGACUGCAACACUCCGAUAUAAUGCUCCGUGAAACAUCUAAACUGUUUCGCAGCCAAAUCCGUCCUAGUCCCUUGUCUGCAGGACAUAACCGACGCGUGAUUCAAGAACGCGGCUCAGGAAUUGCCGAAGUCCAAGCCCAUGUCCUAGAAAUCAAAGAACAGCUUGUCAUACCACUAGAAGCAGACCUAAGGCACCUUCAAGAACAGCUUCAAAUUCCUAAAACCAACUCUCCAUUCGGUUUACGAUUCGUUCUUCUCUUCUAUCGAUGUCGCUACACAUCCCUUGUAGACCUGCUAAAAACAUCCGAAUUCUUGCUAACACUCGAUGACCCGUCAUGCCAGUGCAGGAUUCUUGCCGAGUCCAUUCGUCGCACCGUCAUUAUACACAGUAACAGAAAUACCAGCAGCCUCAAUAAUUCAAUAAUUGAAUGCGAAUCCAAGUCUCUAAAUACGUUGGAGGUUGAAACACGCCUUUUACAGCUGGGAUUCUACUCUCUGGCCAAGAGAGCUGUCAAACUAAAUUGUGCACGAGGUAGGGAUAUCGCGGACGAAGCAAGGGGCUUUAGUGGAGAUGUGCCAGAUGACACCGCUAUUCGUGAAAAUUUUAGUGGACUGGGUCCAUUCAAGCUAGAUCUUGACCUGACGAUACAGCGCAUGGCGACGUUAUGCCGUCGUUAUCCAAAAUCGGCAGGGUUGUAUGUCAAGCUGGUUGAUUCAACGAAGCACGCAAUAUAUUCAAAUCACAAGCUGCCCUAUCUAUUUCCGGCUGAAACCGGAUCUGUGGAGCGAGCCUGGGGAAGUCCUGAGUGCAGCAAACUCGUCAAGUGUGUCAAUCAUCAUGUGUACCCGGCUGACAGUUUCGAUGAUUGUCCUGAGUGUGGAAAAGAGGUGGUAGGGAGCGACGAAGUGAAUUAUGAGCAAUUUCUCUCCGAAACCGAGUUCUUAUCAUUGAUGCGAACUCAGAACCAUACCGAGUAG